AUGGCCGCAGCGCGGGACUGUGGGAAGCGGCUGGACGGGCUCCGGACGAGUGAGCCGAGCAUGCAUCUGAAAGUAUUGAUCCUUGGGAUGUCCAUUGUGGUGACAGCAGGGCUUCCAGUUCUUCAGAACACUGACUCUACCAGGGCUGAGUCAUUAUGGGAUUAUUCCAGUCAGAAAGCCAAUCAGGCAGCUGAUAAAACGGAGCUAACCAAGGAAGUUGACAGAACAUGGAAGAGCAGCUUGGAGGGCAGUGACCUCUACGGUGACCCGUACGGAGGCGACCUCUCGCAGGCGCAGGGUUGGCUAGCGGGGGACCUGCAACGCAAGCUGGCCCUGGAGUCUCAGCGGCUGCGCGCCCGUCUGAUGCAGGAGCUGAGCGAGCUCCGGGAGAGGCUGGCCGCAGUGUUCGCCUCCCCUCCCGCGCCCUCUCUGACCCCGCAGCAGAGCGCGCCCGACGCCCGCGAACACCUCGCACCCCGGCUCCGGCACGCGCUGGACAGCGACGCCCGCGAGCUUUGCUCCCGGCUGACCGGAUAUUCCCCCGACGCCCCAGAGCCAGGCGCGCGCUACGAGGACGCGGCGCGGGGGAUGGGCCUGGCGCUCGGCGACAGCGAGCGACGGCUGAGCGCCCGUCUGGCGGAGUUCCUGUCGGAGGCGGGGAGCGUGACGGGAGGACAGGGGGGCUCGCCCGCGGGGCUGAGGGGGGACGUCGAGGCGUUCGGCGCGGGGGUGCGGAACAGGACGCAGGCGCUGCGGGAGGCGCUGGCCGGCACGCGGUCUUUCGGGGAAGGCCUCUCCAGGCACGUGGAGCAGUUCUGCCGCUCGGAGGAGGAGGAGAACAGGCUGUUUGUUGACAACGUGGAGCGGCGGCUGGAGGCGUUGGGACAGGGGCGGAGUGAGGGCCCAGGGGAGGUGCCGUCUGUUUCUCCCAGCAGCACGGGCUCACUGGGGGAGGACUUCUCCCCAAAACUUAGUGCCCUGCUCCAGGACAUUCUCCAGACCCUCAACUGACUGCCCUGCCAGGCCAGACCUAGGACUGACCCACAAUGACCCACAACAGACUUGUGUUUCAUCCAAAACGCUAAUUUUUGGGUAAUUGUAGGGCUUGAACUUUAUCGCCUGUUCUAUACCAGAUACUACUCUCACAGAAAAUAUGACUCAGGAAAACAAGCCUGUGGCCUAUGAGGCUCUUCAAUCUGUCAUCAUCCAUCCUCUUUUCAGCCAUUUUAUGGUUACAAGAAAGCACUCUUGGUUUAAUCUUAUCUUAACCUGGUUUGAACUCUGAAAUAUGUGCAUCUAAUGCAUUUGCGUUGACCACCAUUAAAACCAUCCUGUUAAAAACCAUUUAUUGAAAAUGUGAGAGUAAUCACUGUAUAUUAUAUUUGGUUUAGCGAUAAUAUAAUGCCAAAAUACUUGUAUAUAUGUGUUCAAAAUAUGAAAAUGUGUUGACGUGCUGUAUUGUACAUACAUACAGGUAUA